AUGACUGAACCCUCCAAUAAACUUGGGGGACGAUCACCCAUCACAUCAAAGACUGCAGGCCUUCAUUGGAGUACACCCCGAGAAAUGACGACACGAUCCCUAGGGAUGCGAAAAGGUUCCAGCUGGUUGGAUUCCUCCGGCUCUAUCCGGAAAUCUAUGAAAGACGCAAGGGGGACUCCAGAGAUGUCCCACUCCCUUCAUGAUCUUCCGGGCAAGUGGAAACAGAAAAUGAGACAGUGA